AUGCAGCAUCUACAAGCCUUUCUGGAUUCAGCACCGGCGCAGUUGCACGCGUCUCGUCCUCGACUCAACCCCUCAUUGCUUGACGGCGACCUGCCCACUACCCCGCCAAGCCGCACUAUAUUACGCUUUAAACUUUCUGACCAGGAAGGAAUUUCUUGCAUACUCUGGGAGGACAAGUUCUAUAUUACAAGCACUGACAUACUGCGGAUUAUAGCCUUUCGCCUAAAACUGCUGGGUGGCCCCGGGCCGCUUCUGUCAUGGAAGAAGCUUGAAGGAGGUGUGUUCAGCGAUCUUCGAAAUCUCAAAGAGGGGCAUGGUUCGAUAAUGUUGGAGUCCAAGGUACGGCAAGUCAUGACUUACUCACCAUCGUUGGUAGCGACUGAUAGAAUUGCCACAGUCCAAACUUCUGCAGCUUUUGUUCCAGCAUCGAUGCGUCCGCUCUCAAAAGAAGCAAAAGAUUUUUCUUUGGCAAAGUGUUCCCCAUGAGCAAUUGUACCGUUCAACCGUCAACAGACACGGCCUGCUUCCAUCCGUCGUUAUACAGCAGCCGAGGCUGUUAGGACACUCAAGCAAUGCGUCCAGAGGCGUCCACUCGACACAACAGCGAUCGGUGAGCAUUGGACAAAGAAAGAAGGCGCUCUAUGAUAGCAUGUCACUGUCUGAUCACAGUAG